AUGGGUGUUUCAACGGAUAAAGUGUCCAAAGAGGCACCCCAGCAAUCUGAAGUCAAAUCUUCCAGCGAACAACCACCUUCCUAUUCGGCCAACCAGGUCGAGCAGCAGCCGCCAUUAGAACUGCCCCAGCUGGAUCUGAGUUCCCAUCCAUCUUCUUCAACUACCGUAACUCGCGACCAGUGUGUUGCGCAUCUCAAGUUCUUGGCUGUGCUGGCAGAUCUGCGAGAUACCAUCUCUAGUGAUGACGGGAUCUUUGGUAUCCACGAUGCUGAAGCUGAAAAAUUCCCGAAUUCACUGAAUGAAGCGCGGGCUCGUCUUCGCGAAAAGCGUUGGGCUGUCUAUGCAGCGCGUGCAGUCGAUCGAUAUACCAAGUGGUGGUCUAUUGGCCUCCCCGUUGCAUGGAGCACGGAAAAUCUACCCCCGAUAGAUAUUUUGAUGGUCUGGCAUGCUCAUUCGUUGAAUCCCCGGAACUUCCUUGAGGAUUGCAUUCGAUACGGUAAGAUAAGCACAUGGGCCACAGGAUUUCCAUGGGAAGUGAUAAACAGCUGCAUCAACAACCACACGAUGGAGUAUACAGUUUCUGAACAAGCCCAGCAGCUGUUCGAGCAGAAAAUGAACUUCAAGUGGAAUAAUCUGCACGACCCGCCGACUACGCAAGUCAACUGCCCCUGCUGCGGACGGGUGAACGAUGUCCAGUGGACAGAAGCUCGCUUUGGGGGACUUGUUGCCAAUGCCUUCAAAUUUAGCAAUGGCUUCGCCGAUUAUUCAUUCGAGACGAAAUGCGUCGGUUGUGACCACAUGAUCGACCAUGGCCGGCUCAAGGUGGCAAAGUUUCGAAAAGACCUCAAAGCAACGAUUUAUGAAGAUCUCCCUAUGCCCGGGUCGUUCACCAAUCUUUAUGGAAUCCCCGAGGGGGGCCCAUCUGUCAAACCCAAUCCGCGGGCACUCCGGGACAUGCUAUUCCCCACACGAAUAGUCCAGGCUGCCAAAAAGGACUUGAUGGAAUUCACUGAUGGCCGAGUGGAUCGGUGUCAGAAUAUCACCCACCUAAGGCAGCAAUUCGAGUUGAAGUUUCGCGACAGAAAUCUUUUGUGGAAAGCACAUGGUAUCUACCUUAAAGGUAUCAAGUAUGGCGAGAAGGUCCAAUUCCGAAGAAUGAUGUCCCGAUACUGGGAUAACCUCGGUCCCUUCGCGCUAGACCUUGUGGGCGCUGUUAUCAGACAAAGCACCUUCGUGGAGAAAAUGGACCAAAUCGACUGGUUGCACUCACCGACAGUCUUCAACACUAUGGACCGGCUGAUUAAAAAAUACGAGGUGUUCUUCCAGAUUAUGAUUGACAACCCAGAUAAGAUGGCCGUGCCCACACUGGAUGUUGAUCUGGCAUGGCACACCCACCAACUCAGCCCAUCGCGGUACUACAAAUACAGCACGUCGAAGGGAAAAUAUGGUGGUAUUCGUAUGUUCAUCGACCACGACGACAAAGUCGACGAGGGAAAACUCUCGGACGGCUUUGCCUGGACUAGCAAAAUGUACCGCCGUGUCACCGACGGUGAGAUAUACAGCGAAUGUACCUGCUGGUACUGCGAGGCGACAAGAACACCAGACCUGUAUGGCCGGUGGAUCACUGCUCGCUCAGUCUCUCGCGCCCAAGCCGCUGCAGACCUCUUGCAUGAUAGCCCCGAUAUCUCGUCCGACCCAAACAAGAACCCACAUAUCUCUUCGCACAACGCCGUCCGGCCAACAAACAUGUACCAUCGGGCUGAGUGGACUAAAUCUGUGCAACAUCUGCGUCUACAGAGCAACUACGAAAAGGCUGCCCGGCGUGCUGAGAAGCGCCGUAAACGAUCUGGCUCCAAAUCUUCUAAUCAGCAGGGUGACGCUUAUGCAUAUUACAUGCCUUAUGCAUAUGGGUACCCCAUUAUGGUGCCAUACUAUGGACCAUAUAUGAUGGACCCGUCCAUCAACUGUGAUUCAUACGCGUGUAAUCCUGCCUGCAUGAAUGUUACUGUGGUGCCGUAG